GACACGCCCACUCCGCGGGCUCGGCUGGACUGCUGUGAUUUUGGCAGGAGGAAGAUGCGGUGAGGCGGCGCAGAUCUGAAGAGCCGAGAGAGUCGAGAAUGCAGCGCUCACGUGGCAAGAACACUAAUGAUGGGCUGACACGACGUUUUGAUGGUGAGCAGCGGGAUGCCCGUCAGGCACAGGCUCGUCUGGCAAAUGGGCUGCAGCAGCUGGAGGAUGCCCGGCUUUACCACCUCAACAACAUGCUGCGUGAGCAGAAACACGUCCAGCAGGACCUGCGGCGCCUCAAAAAGGGCACUGUGAGUGGAAAGAGCAGCUGCACCCCGGGCACCCAGCCUCUGCAGCGCCAGCACGUGCGGGCCUCGCUGGCUGGCACUCAGGCUUCUGUACCCAGAACUAAUAGCAGUGCCAACAGGUCCCUGCAGGCCCGGGUCGAAGAGUUCAUCAACCCAGGGAAGGCGGAGCCCGAGACAGACAGCGCUGGGCAUGAGGAGGGCACCAGCGACUCGGAGGUUCUACAGGAAGUCCGGUCAGAGCCCUCAUCACCUGUCAGCAGCCUGAGCUUUGACCCCAAUGUCAUGGCGCCCGACGGCCACCUGCGUACCAUCCACGUCCUGCCCAGCUUCUCCGAGGCCCUACGUGAGGCCCGCAAAGCCCGCUACAUCCGCCACAGGCGCCCACUGGAGUCGGAGCGAGAGCUGACCAUGCAGCAGAUAUUCCAGAGGGGGCAAAGUCCUGUGAACCAACCACCCAGUGAUGGCAACAGAUGAACUAUGGGACACAAUGGGCAGCUGAGUGUUGGUGAGAUGGGCGAUUUGAGUCUUUACAUUCUGCUUUGUUCCUUUAUAAACAAUAAAGAUGACUGAUGGCA